AACCGCCAAUAAUAUUCAGCCGAUUGAUUAUUCAUAAACAUGGUUGCGCUCACAAACUUUUUCAAAAGUUCUUUACCUCCUAUACCUCCUAAAUAAAGCACCUUGGAUACUGUUCAAUCUAUUCUCGACUUAUUUUUAAAUGAAAAUUCAGUAUGUCGCAAAAAUAUUCGGGUCAUAAUAGUUUACAAAAAGCAUUUGAGGAUGAUUCUAAUAACAGUCUUGACCAGGAUGGAGAAGAUAUGAUCGUAUGGAAAAUAAGGUUAAAAGUAAACAAGAUCAUAUAUCAAAUGAAUGCGAAAAAAUUAUUCAAGAUAUGUCCCGAUUAACCAAUGAACUAGUUUCACGUCAAAAAAAAGAAAUUGAGGAUAAAGUUAAUGAAUAUAGACGCAAAUUUGAGGAAUUAGAGGAUGAAAAGCUUUCUAUCGUAAAGAAAUUGAGAUCUGAAAAAGAGAAGUAUUUGCAAAUGCAUGAUUUGAUUGUCGUUGAGCUUUUGAAAAAUGAAGUUGCCCAAGAGAAAACAAAUCAAAUAUUUGAGAAGAAACUGGCUUCUUUUAUCAAUGGUACGGAUUUUUUCUCAUAUAAAGAAAGAAUUUUAUGAAUUAAUCCAUCAUUCUCUGAAGACACUAGUAACCAAUUGAAAAGCUUACCAGUUGCUCAGAAUCCACUUUAAAUAAUCUUGAAAAACUAACAAAGAACAGAUCAGAUAAAACAUUACUAUAAUGUCAUGAAUGAUAAUUAAAUAUAUUUAA